AUUAAAAAUGGCGGAACAUGUGAUUUCAGAUUCUUCAAUUAAAAAUGAAAAGGAAGAAAAUGUGGAGGAGAAUGAAUCAAAAACGACGGUUAAAGAGCAUAUGUUGCAAUACAUGACAGUCGAGGUUCUAGACCCAGAGAAAAGGAAUGGUGGUGCAGCCUUAAAUGUUAGGGGCCAAGAUACAUUCAUAGUCUAUCAAGUAUAUUCCAGGGUAACUGAUCCAUCGAAGCCCGGUUAUUACGAUCAUCCUACAACCGUGUGGAGGAGGUAUAAUGAAUUCGAUCUCCUACGUAAUUAUUUGGAGGUUUCAUAUCCCUAUAUCGUAAUUCCACCAUUGCCAGAAAAAAGGGUUAGUCACACUUGGCAGAAAUUGUCAACGGAUCGAUUUGAAUCUGAAUUCAUUGAAAGGAGGCGAAUUAGCCUGGAGAAAUUCUUGAUGCGUUGUGCAUCCCACGCUGUUCUUUGUAAAGAUGAGAUAUUUAGAGCAUUUUUUGUAGAAGAGUACGGUUUUAAAGACCUAGUGGAUGCAACUGCAUAUCAAAGAAAGGCCGACUCAAAAUUCUCUGCCCUGUCAGCUUCGUACGGCUUGAAGUCGCCAAAUCCAGAUAUAGAAGCUAUUAAAACAUAUAUUAAUGAUCUCGAAUCUACUUUAUAUCAAAUACUAAAAGUACGCGCUAAAAUAGCGGAUAAUUUUUGUGAACAUGAAAAAUUAUAUAGAUCUUUUGGUCAAUUAUUUGACGAUUGGGGUAACAUUGAAAAUGAGACAGGCAUAGCUCUACAAACUGCCGGUCGCCACUUUGACAUACACGCCAAUGUCCUGGAUAAACACGUUUCCGAAGAAGAAGCUUUUGCAGAGCAGCUUAAAGAAUACUAUAGCUUUGGAGAUUGUCUCAGGGGAGUUUGUAAAAAGGCUGAGAUACUACAAUAUAAUGUUGAAAAGACUGAAGAGAUGCUAUCAAAUAAAAAGCUACAUAAGGAAAACAUUCAACAGGGAAAGAACGGUUUAAUGAGCGAUAUGAAAACGAAAUUAUUAGGAAGAGAUUCAGUUGAACAAAAAGAGCAGAGACUUUUAACAAUCUCAGAGCAAAUUGUAGAUAUCGAAGGAACUUUACAGCAACAAAAGGAGGAAUUAGAAAAUUUUUUGGAGUUGGCUAAGGCAGAUAUCGAUAGAUUCAAGAGGCAGAAGGGUAAAGACAUUAAAGAUAUUAUCCUUAACUACGCAAUUAUGCAGAGAAAUCUUUCGAGGAAACAAGAACAAAUAUGGAGGAAAGUUGAAGAGACUUUCGACAAACUAUAA